CCCUCCCGCCCCCCCAUGGCGACUCGCUGGCUCCGGGAAAUUUGGCAACUGGGAGUGCGGGGAGGGCUGAGACCAAGGGCGGCCGCGGCUGGCUGGUUUGGCUGAGAAAUACUAACUGAACCAAAGUCAGUCAGUCAGCUUCACUGGCUGAGGGUGGACUUGAAGCUGUGAUUCAACUUCUUAACCAUUCAGCCACACAUAUACAUUCCAGGUAUAUGCCAUGCUGUGGAAGUCUGGUGAUCCGAGACCCUCAUACUAUCAGCAGUCUUGAUUGGGAUCUCAGUGGUCAGCACAGCCGGACAUUUAUCAGCUUUACAGGACCUUUCAUCAACAAACGGAAGGAAUAUUCAGAGAGGAGGAUCAUUGGUUAUUCCAUGCAGGAAAUGUAUGGUGUUGUGGCCAAUGUGAAUGAAUAUAAGGAAUUUGUUCCAUGGUGUAAGAAAUCAACGGUGGUCUCUAAGCGAGCAGGACAUGUGAAGGCCCAGCUGGAAGUUGGAUUCCCUCCUGUUGUGGAACGUUAUACCUCUAUUGUGACACUGGUGCAACCCCAUUUGGUGAAGGCAGUCUGCACUGAUGGAAAACUUUUCAAUCAUUUGGAGACAAGCUGGCGUUUCAGUCCUGGCAUUCCAGGCUAUCCUCGCACCUGUACCCUGGACUUCGCAAUCUCUUUUGAAUUUCGUUCCCUGCUGCACUCGCAGUUGGCUGCCGUUUUUUUCGAUGAGGUAGUAAAGCAGAUGGUGGCAGCCUUUGAGCGCCGGGCAGCGAAGAAUUAUGGCCCCGAGACCCAAAUUCCUCAAGAACUCAUGUUCCACAAAGUCCAUCAGACGUGAAGGGUGCCUGCGGCUUUGGUCACUUCAGCGGACACUUGAAGUUGGGUGUUUGCUUGCAGCAUCCCAGCUGUUUGUUUUUAUCUAUUUAUUUGGUUUCUCCUGAUAUCCUGUUUAAUUUAUCCACUGGGCCUGGUGUGAUGACCAAGACUUAUUCCUAAGGAAAGGGUCAGAGUGCCAUGUUACCUCUGGAGCAGCGUCUCAGUCUUCACUUUUAUUUUACCUGACAGGAAUUUUAUGCUUUUUAGCAUACUUCAUUUGAAGCUUCUUUCUAUGAAACAUACCACUGUGGCUGCCUUAGAUUGUAGUUUGUGCUGUUCCUUGACUUCUUGAGAAAGAGGUAGCAAAAACUUAAGUUCUCUCAGUGGGCCUAAGGACGACCAGUCCACUUCUUGAUAAAAGAGAAGGGCCUACUACAGUAGUUGCCCUGGGGGUGGCUUUGGCAUUCUUUGGUGCAUCGGAUUCUUCCACCUUUCCUAUUCAUCAUUUGGGUUAGAUCAGAAAGAAAUGGCAGCCACUUAGCUGCUCAAUGAGUGCCUUUUUUGAGGGAAUGAUGGGGGUCAAGGAAAGGCUUUCUUUUGGAGUUGGGAUUAUUUUAGAAAAUAGAUGUUGCUCUUAAUGAAAGUAUUUUGAGAUAGGAAGGAACGUGAGGGAAAAGAGAGUGGUCCUUCCUAUUGCAGCACGACUGAAGCUUUCUUUAAUGUCCAGCUUGUACGGCCUUCCAAGAUGAUUUUAUACCAGUUUCAAAAUUCAAAUGUUACCCUACCAGCAGAUGUUUUGAUUGCAAGCACUUCAGAAGUUCAGCAGCCAGGAUAUUUUGGGAGUAAUUAAAUCAGCAAAGCCACUCUUAUGACCUAACUGGCUGUUUCAGUUUACUCAGCUCUACCUCUGCUGCUCUAUGUGAAGAGACUGGAAAAUGGCAUUAGCAGGCCGAGAGCUUCCACUUUGAAGAAAUAGUUCCCAUCUCUUCAAAACUGUGUCUUCCAUCACAUAUUUUUGUACCACGAGCGGCUGUAUCUGUUGUAGUUCAGUGAAGAUGAAGCUUCCAGGGUGAAUGUGGGAGAGGAGCAAUUAAGCAUCACGUCGCCAAACAGUUUGUGGGAAGAAAUUUACCUGGAAUCUUCAGCAAACCAGCUCCAAGAUGAAAGACCUCAAUUCCUGGCUGCUGUACUGGCUAUAUCCCCAUUGUGGGUAUCCCCAACCCUCCCUUUCCCCACCCCAUUAACAUAAUUUUGUGUUGUCUAGUUUGGUGUAAACCCUCUGUCCCCUUUCUAGUUACCAAGGAAAUUUUAUUUUUGUUAAAAGCACUAUUUGCACAAACCACGUGUGUGCAGGAUUGCCAAGGCUAGGAAGAGAGUGCCACUUUGGCUGUGUUUCUGUGGAGAGUGACCAAGCUCCCGAACAAGUGUCUCUACCAUGUAGGCUUGGAUCAUCCUGAGCGUGAUGCUAAAAAUACUGGGGUGUGUGCAUGUGCAGUCUGAUGAAGAUGCAACUUUGGGGGAGUGUGAGAGAAAUUCUAGUGUAUCAAAUAUGUAUAUUUUUAUGGAAAGGGCUGGGUAUCACUGUAACUCAUAAAAACGAAUGUUUUCGGGGGUUGUCUAAAAUAAGAUGCCUAAAGGUUAGGCCCUGCUUCAAUGUGCCAAAGGCAUUUUGAGAAGCCUUUGCCUGUGGAGUGUUUACAGGGGAGGAGGGAGGAACUAUUUUGUGUUGAAGGAAUGGCUCAACAGGGAUAUGUGACUACCAUGAUUUUUCUCAAAACUUUCUCCUUAGGACCAGACUCUCCAGACUUAAUUUGUCAUAGAUAAAAGUCCAUCAAGUUUGAAUAGUGAGGAGUGAGUAAUGCACAGAUUCAGGGGUAAGGUAGAGCAUGUACUGGGGGCGCCUGUCAUGAAGCAGAUUCCUUUGAUGUAAGGGGAGGGGGGAAAUCUGCCAGGGUUACUUCUGUCUGUGGAUUGUAAUCAUUGCCAAACUCUGGGAAGGAAUUGCUUGAUGCAAAGCAGUUUGGCUUUGAGGCAAUUUCCACGAAUCAGUCAGCUGCCACUUCUCUUCCUGGGUUUUGAGUGUUGGCUCCACUGUCAUGACAAGAGUUAUGUGGAUCUGGCCCUAUAAUGGCUACCUUUUUCUCAGCAAAUUCCCAGCUAUCAUCAUUCAUAUUUAAAUAUGCUCCUAUUCCUUCCACCCUCUUAAACUCAUCAACUGCUUAAUUCCUGUAAAAUGCUUUGAGAUUGCUCUUUAUCUUAGUUUGUCGUUGUGGCCUAUGCAUGACUAGCUUCCACACAGAGGGCACAGCCUGCAGUAGUCUUUAAGUCUCAGACAAGAUUGUGUUUGUAUUUUUAAAUUAGACUGCCUGGAAUGCUUGCCUGAACAAGUAUCUUCUCCCACCCCCUUUUUAAGAGUGGCGAAGUCACUCCUAGGAAACUUCAAAUAUCUUAACGGUCUAAUAAUAUCUAAGUCAUGACAGUGUUCUGUCUUCCUCAGCAGAUUGCAUCUUGGGUUAUGAUUUUAAAAAGAAAGAAAAAGACUGCAACUUUAGAGAUCUUCCUGACUAGCUGCCCUUGUUAUACAAGGAGGAUGAGCAGUUGGACUAAUAGAAAAUAGUAAGUUUCACUGACACAGAACAGAGCCUUUAAAUUUAAAUCCAAUAAUGCAUGGCAGAUUUUCACGCAGUAUGUAUAAACUGUAAGCAAUACACUGUAAAUCCUGAAUACAGCAUACAGUAUAUUUCAAUGAAGCUCAAUUAUUUGGAAGAACGGGGCAUGUUCAAAUCCCACUCUGCUGUAGUGGCUUUUUUCAGCUGCGUAACUGUACUAUGAGGAACAAGCAUUUCAAAACACUUAAUAUACUGGUAUUAAUAAUAAUGUAACUUAAAGAACAAACACUUCCCCAAAGAUUUUGAAAUACAUUCUUGGUCACCUUAAAUUGACCAAAGCUGCAAACCUAUUCAUGCUUCCUUGAGAUUGAACCCUGCUAAACAUGGUUAGACUUCUGCAUAAUCAUAUUAAGAACUGCCCAGGUUUAGAACAACUGGAUAGCUGUGCAACAGUCCAAGAGAAAGAUUAAGGGCAGUUUUGACAGCAGUGGUCUGAUUAAGUGUGGUAUUGCUGUUCUCCAGGAGUAAAACCAAAGCCAAAAACAAAAACUUGAUGUAUUUAGAAAUCGGUGUCCAAAGAAACCUAGUGUUCUCUUUUUAAAAAGUUUCUAAUUGCUAGGAAUAACAUUGUUUAAGAGUCUCAGAAAGCAAGCAACCACUUAGGGAUCUUGUAGCUGCCUCCUGUAUUUUCAAGAUUAUAAAACGCAGAAUUGUGCAAUAUUCAUAUUGUCCAUAGCGUUCCUAGAAUGCUAGUUUAGAAUAACACUUGUCCUGGCAUCAAUUUGACUUCUGAAUAACAAUACAGGAAGGCAUCUACCCAUCCAUGUCUGCCUUUAUUUGCUUUUCAUGCUGAGAUCAGCUGAUGUUCUACAAAGCUGGUUUGUUCAUGAAUAUAAGGUAUACCUCACACAAUAGGUUUGUAAUAAUAGCCACUAUGAAUGCUGAUUUCAGAGGUCCUUUUAACACAGGUGGAUGCCUCUAAAACUAAAAAAAAAGAAAAGGCAAUUUUGCAUCUAUUAUUUUGCUAAGAGGGGACCAAAUCCAGCUACUGUUAACGAAGGUAUGGUGGCUAUUUUUAGUCACUGAUAGGCAAAUUAAUCUUGAAACAUAUUAGAACUUUUUCUCAAGGAGCAGGAUACAGAUUUGCAGCUCUUGUUUACUUUAAAUUAUUGUAAAUGAAAUAUUUGAAUCAUUACAGUAAUUUUUUUUCUCGAUCAUCUCCACUAAAGUAGCUUUUAUGCAGAUCCAAUUAUUUGAACUGGAAUCCCAUUGAAAUCAAUUGGAUAUUAAAUUAGGCACAACCAAAAUCAGGCAUUGUAGCAUAGUUAACAAAUUUGUAAAGUGAGAUAAGCAGGCUGUCCUGCCCAGGUGCUUUUUUUAAAACGUUUUGUUCCUUAAGUUUCAUACCAGUUGUAGCAUAGCUGUAAUGGGUUUUUUUGCUAGCAUCUAAUGAACCUGAAGAAUAUAAGUUUUCUCAAGUCCAUCUAUAUUAAAUGCCUAAUUUUCUGCUGUCUUUUGUCAAAACAAUGUCUUAAAUUUGUGCCUUCUGUUUCUCCCUCUGCACAUAUUUUUAUUCAAUUAGCUGUCUUAUGUUCCUUAGCCUGGUACGUGCUACCUCACAUUGUAAGGGUAUGUUUGUAGACAAAAAAAAAAAAAAAAAGGGUAGACAGAAUCAUGCACAGUAAAUGAAAUUAUUUUCCCCUAUCCUUUUUCCUUAUUUGAUCAUUGAAAAACUGAACAAUCCCAACUGCAUUUUUAUAGACUUAAUAAAAUGUUUGUGAAAAGAU